AUGUUUAUUUUUCUAUAUCGAGCGGAUAAAGUUCGUGUUGUUAUACGUAUAGAAAAAGAACGUUUACAUAGAUUAAAUAUGGAUGGAAAAGUUCAAGUUCUACGAAUUCAAUCGGUAACAAAACGAAAAAUAAAUCGAAAUGCAGCAGCAAUUGAUUCACAAAAUAAUAAUUUAAAUGUUGGUGAUAUGGUUACUGUUAUUGAUGGACCAUUUGCAAGUCGACAAGGACAAAUAAAACAUCUUUAUCGUCAUUUUAUUUUUAUAUUUUGUCGUACAUUAACUGAAAAUGGUGGUAUAUUUGUACGUAAAGCAAGAAAUUUAUUAUUAGCUGGUGGACAGGAAUUAUUUGAAGUUAUCGCUUUCUUUCCCUAA